UUGUAAGGAACAACUCUGAGAAAUUGGAUGAAAAUGCGCACAGCUGCUGUUUGAGGAGGAAAUGUUCACCUUUUGUCCGCGCUUCAAAGCAACUUAUUGAAGUUUACCUCUUUUUUUUUUCUACGAGUUUUAGUUAGAAAUAAAGGAAUAAAGGUGACAGCAUGGCAGAACACGAGAGCCUGGAGUAUGGAAAGGCGGAUUUUGUGCUUCUGGACAACGUGUCUAUGGAGGAAUUCAUGGCCAACCUAAAACUCAGGUUUGAGAAGGGAAGGAUCUACACCUACAUCGGGGAGGUGGUGGUGUCCGUCAACCCGUACCGUGCCAUGAACAUCUACGGCCGGGACACCGUGGAGCAGUACAAGGGCCGCGAGCUGUACGAGCGGCCGCCGCACCUGUUCGCCAUCGCAGACGCUGCUUACAAAGCCAUGAAGAGGAGGAACAAAGACACUUGUAUUGUCAUCUCAGGGGAAAGUGGAGCAGGAAAGACAGAAGCCAGCAAGUAUAUAAUGCAAUACAUUGCUGCCAUCACCAAUCCUAAUCAGAGGGCUGAGGUUGAAAGAGUGAAGAACAUGCUGCUUAAAUCUAACUGCGUCUUGGAGGCCUUCGGCAACGCCAAGACCAACCGCAACGACAACUCCAGCCGCUUCGGCAAAUACAUGGACAUCAACUUCGACUUCAAGGGGGACCCCAUCGGAGGCCACAUCAGCAACUACCUGCUGGAGAAGUCCAGGGUGAUCUUCCAGCAGGAAGGCGAGCGGAGCUUCCACUCCUUCUACCAGCUGCUCAGAGGAGCUCCGGAUUCCCUGCUGCGCUCUCUUCACAUGCAGAAGGACCCGACAGCCUACAACUACAUCAAAGUCGGAGGCCUGAUUAAGUCCAGCAUCAACGACAACGCCGAUUUCAAAGCCGUGGCCGACGCCAUGAAAGUGAUCGGCUUCACGGCGGACGAGGUUCAGACCGCGUACAGGAUCCUGGCCACCAUCCUGCAUCUGGGCAACCUGACGUUCGGCGUGGACGGCGACGUGACCCUGAUCGAGAACACAAAGCUGGUGUCGGUGAUCCGGGACCUGCUGUCCACCAAAGAGGAGAACGUGGAGAAGGCGCUGCUCUACCGGACCGUGGCCACGGGUCGGGACGUCAUCGAGAAGCAGCACACGACGCAGGAGGCCAGCUACGGCCGGGACGCCCUCGCAAAGGCCAUGUACGAGCGUCUGUUCUGCUGGAUCGUGGGCCGAAUCAACGACAUCAUCGAGGUGAAGAACUACGACGCCCGAGUGCACGGGAAGAACACGGUCAUCGGGGUGCUGGACAUCUACGGCUUUGAGAUUUUCCAGAACAACAGCUUCGAACAGUUCUGCAUCAACUACUGCAACGAGAAGCUGCAGCAGCUCUUCAUCCAGCUGGUGCUGAAGCAGGAACAGGAGGAGUAUCAGAGGGAAGGCAUCCCCUGGAAACAUAUCGAUUACUUCAACAACCAGAUCAUCGUGGACCUGGUGGAGCAGCAGCACAAAGGGAUCUUCUCGGUGCUGGACGAAGCCUGCAUGAAUGUGGGAAAAGUCACCGAUGAGGUUUUUCUCCAAGGACUCAACGGCAAACUGGCCAAACACGCCCACUACACCAGCCGCAAGCUCUCGCCGACCGACAAGAGUUUGGAGUUCGACCGAGACUUUCGCAUCAGGCACUAUGCGGGAGACGUGGUGUACUCUGUGGUGGGUUUCAUUGAUAAGAACAAAGACACUCUGUUCCAGGAUUUCAAGAGACUGCUGUACAACAGUUCCAACCCGGUGCUGAAGGGGAUGUGGCCUGAAGGCAAGCUGAGCAUCACCGAGGUCACCAAGCGACCACUGACGGCCGCGACGCUCUUCAAAAACUCCAUGAUCUCACUGGUGGAGAACCUCGCCUGCAAGGAACCCUACUACGUCCGCUGCAUCAAGCCCAACGACGUCAAGUCUCCUCUGCUGUUUGAGCAGGAGCGCUGCCGCCAUCAGGUGGAGUACCUGGGGCUGCUGGAGAACGUACGGGUGCGUCGAGCCGGCUUCGCCAACAGACAGACGUAUCCCCGCUUCCUACAGAGAUACAAGAUGAUCUCGGAGUUCACGUGGCCGAACCACGACUUGCCGUCGGACAAAGACGCGGUGAAGAGGCUGCUGCAGGGCUGCGGGUUCGACCACGACGUCGCGUACGGCAAAACGAAGGUGUUCAUCCGGACGCCGCGGACGCUGUUCAGCCUGGAGGAGCAGCGGGCGGAGAUGGUCCAGAGGAUCGUCCUCUUCCUGCAGAAGGUGUGGAGGGGAACCAUCGCCAGGAUGCGGUACCGGCGGAUGCGAGCCGCCCUCAUCAUCCUUCGCGCCUACAGACGCUACAAAGUCAAGUCCUACAUCCGCGAGGUCAACCGUCGCUUCAAGAACGUCCGCUCCAUGAAGGACUACGGCCGACACGUCAAGUGGCCGACGCCUCCCAAAGUCCUGCGCAAGUUCGAAGACGCGCUCAGGAGCAUCUACAACAGGUGGUGGGCAUGGACGCUGAUCAAAGGCCUGUCUCCAGAGGAGGCCCUGCAGGUGAGGGCCAAAGUAGCCUGCCUGGAGGCCCUGAAGGGCCAGAGGGCCGACCUGGGGCUGCAGAGAGCCUGGGAAGGGAACUACUUGAAGCGCGACAGCCCCGACACGGCGUCAUCCUUCACCCUGGUGUCCAGCGAGCUGCAGCGGAAGGACAAAUUCAUGAGAGUUCUGUUUUCCUGCAACGUGCGCAAGAUCAACCGUUUCCACAAGGCAGAGGACCGGGCCGUGCUCAUCACUGACCGCCACCUGUACAAGAUGGACCCCCUGAAGCAGUACAAGCCCAUGAAGAGCAUCCCCCUCUACAACGUGACCGGAGUGAGCGUCUCUCCGGGGAAGGACCAGCUGGUCGUGUUCCACACCAAGGACAGCAGGGAUCUGGUGGUGUGCCUGCAGGGGAUGGUGCCCGCCAACGAGAGCCGCAUCGGGGAGCUGGUUGGCACCCUGCUUAGCCAUUUCAAGAGGUAA